AUGUCAUAUCCUCUUGAUUCAUCCUAUGGUUAUUCAUCAGGUGAUGAUUCUUUUUCUUAUAUUUCAGAUCAAUAUUAUUGUCCUGUUCAGAAUCCUGUUCCUCAACCGCCUCCUGUUGGCUAUUGUACUUUUCAACAACCAUAUCCAUAUUAUUAUCCAAUUACGAUACCUCAACAACAAGUUCGUCCAGAAAAAACUCGUCGUUUUUCUCCGGAACAAAUUCAAAUUCUUGAAGAACAUUUUUAUAAAGUAGAUAAAUAUGUAUCAAAAACUACAAUCGAUGAUCUUUCAACUCGAACUCAAUUAACGCCAGCUCAGAUUCGUGUUUGGUUUAAUAAUAAACGUACAAGAGAACGUUAA